CAGGGCGGGUGGUGGCCCCUCACUGGUGCAGCCAGAACAGGUGUAGGUGGUCAGGGCGGGUGGUGGCCCCUCACUGGCGCAGCCAGAGCAGGUGUAGGUGGUCAGGGCAGGUGGUGGCCCCUCACUGGCGCAGCCAGAACAGGUGUAGGUGGCCAGAACAGGUGUAGGUGGUCAGGGCAGGUGGUGGUCCCUCACUGGUGCAGCCAGAACAGGUGUAGGUGGUCAGGGCGGGUGGUGGUCCCUCACUGGUGCAGCCAGAGCAGGUGUAGGUGGUCAGGGCAGGUGGUGGCCCCUCACUGGCGCAGCCAGAACAGGUGUAGGUGGUCAGGGCAGGUGGUGGUCCCUCACUGGUGCAGCCAGAGCAGGUGUAGGUGGUCAGGGCGGGUGGUGGCCCCUCACUGGUGCAGCCAGAACAGGUGUAGAUGGUCAGGGCAGGUGGUGGUCCCUCACUGGUGCAGCCAGAACAGGUGUAGGUGGUCAGGGCGGGUGGUGGUCCCUCACUGGUGCAGCCAGAGCAGGUGUAGGUGGUCAGGGCAGGUGGUGGCCCCUCACUGGCGCAGCCAGAACAGGUGUAGGUGGUCAGGGCAGGUGGUGGUCCCUCACUGGUGCAGCCAGAACAGGUGUAGAUGGUCAGGGCAGGUGGUGGUCCCUCACUGGUGCAGCCAGAGCAGGUGUAGGUGGUCAGGGCAGGUGGUGGCCCCUCACUGGCGCAGCCAGAACAGGUGUAGGUGGCCAGAACAGGUGUAGGUGGUCAGGGCGGGUGGUGGCCCCUCACUGGUGCAGCCAGAACAGGUGUAGGUGGUCAAGGCGGGUGGUGGCCCCUCUCUGGCGCAGCCAGAACAGGUGUAGGUGGUCAGGGCAGGUGGUGGCCCCUCACUGGCGCAGCCAGAACAGGUGUAGGUGGUCAGGGCGGGUGGUGGCCCCUCACUGGUGCAGCCAGAACAGGUGUAGGUGGUCAAGGCGGGUGGUGGCCCCUCUCUGGCGCAGCCAGAACAGGUGUAGGUGGUCAGGGCAGGUGGUGGCCCCUCACUGGUGCAGCCAGAACAGGUGUAGAUGGUCAGGGCAGGUGGUGGCCCCUCACUGGUGCAGCUGACCACUCUAGCCUUGGAAUCCAGGUCCAGGCUGUGGCCUUGCUCCUUCCAAUACGUUUUCCUGUAAUCCGCAAGCCAUUAAGCACUCAAAGCAGGGUUCUGCUAGGUCAGGACUGGCCUUUAGGCAGACUUGUCACCUCUUAGAUUGUUCUCCGGCUUGCUGGCAUUCUUUUCACUCCAUGGUCACGUUGCCUGGUUUUUUUACUUUCAGUUUUUUAGAUGUAUUUAUUUGUUGGGAAGAGUUAACAGAGAGAGAGGGAGAGCCACAGAGAGAGAUCUUCCAUCUGCUGGUUCACUCCCCAGAUGGCCCCAGGGACCCCCGGCUGGGGCAGGCCUAGCCCGGAGCCAGGAGCCUCCUCCACGUCUCCCACUUGGGUGCCUUGCCUGACUGGUAUCUGCGAUCAAACUUGAGUUCCUUUAGGAGGAUGAAUACCAAGUCUGUCUGCUACCCAGUUUCUCCUGGCUUCAGGGGCUAAACCCUGACCUGCCGUGGGCAUGUCCAUUUGGUUGCCCCUCAGGCAUCAAACGCAGUGUCUCCUCCAACCUUGCACACUGUCUCCAUGCAUGCAGUCCAGGUCUAAGGGACUGAAAUCUAUUCCUGGCUGGGUUCCUCCUCACCGCUUACAGUCAGUGUAUCAUCACGUGCUUCGAAUUUCCAUCAGGACCUCCAAAUCCUCUCCGUCUUGCUUGUUCCUUCCUUCAGGUACCGCGAGAUGAUUCAAAUAACUUCCCGGGGGCUUCUUGAUGUUUAUUUCAGCUUCUGCCAGUGCACUUUCCAUCCUGCUACUUAGUGAUCUUUGUGCAGUUCAAAUAUGAUUGUAUUUCAUCAAGGAGUUUUCAACAUAAUAGCCAAAGUGCUUAGUAUAGGUCUCUUCCAGUCUUCCUCCCAACCCCUAGUCCCUUAUCUGAAAGCCAGUGGUUACUGGUUCUAAAACAUCUCCCCACGGCAGUCAUGGGCGUGCUUGUUAAAAACGAAGAUAACAGCUGAAUUCAGAGCACGUGAGAUUCUUGUGUGGACGGUUAAUGCCCAAGUGUGUAUUUUUAACAAGCUCUGCCCUGGACCCUUGCUCUUUAGGGGUUCAGGACGUGCUGCCCCAAAAUGUGGUGCCUUGGCGUUUGAGGGACCAGCAGAGGCAAAGCUCACUCUAGGACUUUCUUCAUUCAUUCCUCCCACGCUCCUCCCCAAAGCUGGCCAUCGAAGAAUCCUCUGGCCGUUGUGUAAGGCCCUCCUGUAAGGCACCCUGCCUGUACCCAGAGGAAAUGGAUGCCCUUCUCGCUGAAAGCAGAAUCCAAACCAACAGGCCUUGCUGACUUGCCAUGUUUAUUACUUUUAGGUCAUAGCUUCUGCCACUCUUAUCAAACAGCAUAAAAGCACACAUUUCUGUUUCAUUGAGUCUUCGUUUCUGAAGACUCCUGUGUCACGUAGAACUUGCAUUAAAUAUAUUUAUAUAUUUUCUUAAGCCGUCUUUUGCUGUAGGGGUCUCAGCCGUGAACCUAGUGUUGGGUGAGGAAAAAGCCUCCUGCCCCAACACUGCCUCGUGUGUGUCUGAGCACGCCUUCCUGUUUGUCCUGCCCUGUGUGCGUCUUAGUUGGGGCUGCUUUAACAAGAUACCAUAGACUGGUGGCCUAAGCAGUGGCUGUUUAUUUGUCCUAGUUCUGGUGGUGCGAAGUCUGAAGUCAGGGUGCUUGGUAAUGGCUCUCUCUCUCCUUGCCGUAUCCUCAUGAGAGAGGAUGAGUGCAUAGAUCUAGGGAUCAGGGCUUUAACGUAAGGACGGGGCCACGCAGGUUUGCAGCAUAGAAUACACGCAGCUCCUCUCUUGUUCGUGAUGACUCGGAAGCCGCCCCUGACCAUGCCCCACCCCUGAUGCCCAGACAAGCAGUAAAAACCAUCUACACAGCCUGUUCCGUGGGAGUGCUGCGAGUUCUUUGUCAUCUGCAUGCCUUCGAGCACUCAGGAGGCUGCACGUCUUCACCUCACCGUGUGCUGCUCCCCUGCCCAAGUCCUUAGGAGAAGAUGACUGUGUUCUUUAAAACACUUCGAAAUCAUUGGAAGAAAACUACAGCUGGGCUGUGCCUGCUGACGUGGGGAGGCCACUGGCUCUAUGGAAAACACUGUGAUAACCUGCUGAGGAGAGCGGCCUGUCAGGAAGCCCAGGUGUUUGGCAAUCAGCUCAUUCCUCCCAACGCACAAGUGAAGAAGGCGACGGUCUUUCUCAACCCUGCAGCUUGCAAAGGCAAAGCCAGGACUCUAUUUGAAAAAAAUGCCGCCCCGAUUUUGCAUUUAUCUGGCAUGGAUGUGACCGUCGUUAAGACAGAUUACGAGGGACAAGCCAAGAAACUCCUGGAGUUGAUGGAAAGUACAGAUGUGAUCAUUGUCGCUGGAGGAGAUGGGACCCUGCAGGAGGUGGUUACUGGACUUCUUCGAAGAGCAGACGAGGCGACCUUCAGUAAGAUCCCCAUCGGAUUCAUCCCACUGGGGCAGACCAGCAGUUUGAGUCCCACCCUCUUUGCCAAGAGUGGAAACAAAGUCCAACAUAUCACAGAUGCCACGCUUGCGAUUGUGAAAGGAGAGACAGUCCCACUUGAUGUGUUACAAAUCAAGGGUGAAAAGGAACAGCCUGUGUUUGCGAUGACUGGCCUGCGCUGGGGAUCCUUCAGAGAUGCCGCUGUCAAAGUUAGCAAGUACUGGUAUCUCGGACCUUUAAAAAUCAAAGCAGCCCACUUUCUCAGCACUCUUAAGGAGUGGCCUCAAACGCAUCAAGCCUCCAUCUCGUACACGGGUCCUACAGUGAGACCACCCAGUGAGCCAGAAGGGACCCCUCCCCGGCCGUCUUUGUACAGGAGAAUAUUGCGAAGGCUCGCGUCAUACUGGGCACCACCUCCGGAAGCCCUCUCCCAAGAGGUGAGCCUGCAAGACUGGAAGGAAGUACAGCUGUCCACCAUUGAACUGUCCAUCACAACACGGAACAGCCAGCUUGACCUGACGAGCAAGGACGACUUCAUGAACAUCUGCGUGGAGCCCGACACGGUCAGCAAAGGAGACUUCAUAAGCAUAGGAAGCAAGAAGGUGAGAGACCCCAGGCUGCAUGCGGAUGGCACCGAGUGUCUGCAGGCCAGCCAGUGCAGCCUGCACCUGCCGGAGGGCACAGGAGGCGCUUUCAGCAUCGACAGCGAGGAGUACGAAGCCAUGCGCGUGGAGGUCAAGCUGCUCCCCAGGAAACUGCGGUUCUUCUGCGACCCCCGGAGGAGGGAGGAGAUGCUGCAGGGGGCAGCUCCGUGAGCGGCCGCGGCGGGGGCGCCCGAGACGGAUCCCCAGGGCCUGCUCGCGGCCAGUACCCUGCGCGCCGCCCGCAGCACGCCCUGCCCCGAGCGGCGAUCCGUCCUCCGGGCUGAUUGUCCCUUGUCUGCCCCGAGUGGACGGAGAGGACUCGAACUUUCUGCCCAAGCACAGCCGCCGCAGACUAAGUCCUCAGUGUGUUGUCGCGUCCAGGAAUCCCGGGGCAGUGCCUGCCUUCCCCGGCUCCCGGCUCCCAUUUCUAGGCUCUUCGUGGGUGUUGCUACCGUGGGGCUUUGGUUCAGUUUGUCCUCAAUCCAAAAACAGUUGUGAGGCCAUGUCCCUAGUCAGCCACCGCUAAAAUACGGUAAAAGCCGAGUUGUUUCAAGCUGUCCUUUAACUGUUGGUCUGCAUGAGAGCCUCCCGGGGUGGGCCUCACUCCCAGGCUGAGCUAGCAGUUUGAGGUGAGCGCCAGAAACGGCAGCUUGCCACGCUCCCCGGUGACAGUGUCCCCCACCCGUUCUCGGGAGAACGUAGCCGGAAGCGGCGGUCACCGCCUCUUCCACUCCCGUCUCCUGCAAAGUAUUUUGAAAAAUCAUGUACCCCUCACCCAUCCCAGUCGACGUCUGGAGUCUUUCGUGGGAAGUUGUCUAGUUGCCCAAGUCUGUACUUCCUGGUGUCAUGUAAAUAUUGGUAUUUUAAAAUAAAAGCUGUUACAUCACUCUUUUAAA